GUCAGAUUUCUCUUCCAACCUCUCCUCCUCCCGCUAUUUUCAUCUCCAUGCCAGGCGACAAUGGCAACAACAGCAGCAGAACCGACGAUUACACUUUCGCCAGGAUGGCGACCCACCGAAUACGGCUGUCUGCGACAAAACGACUUCUGGAUUUGGGAUUACCCCGACCCCGGUGAGAAGCGCACGGUGCUGGGUGGGCCGUCGCAGGCGACGAACUGCUUCCCGUCUUCGACGUGGAUGUCAACGGGUGCAUAUGCUGGUACUGCAUGUCCGUCUUAUUACACGUCUGCAUGUCAGGGAAAUGAUUCCACUGCCGCCGUAACAUGUUGUCCAACGGUCUAUUCGUUCGAGUGCGUCAGCGCAAAUACAAAACUCCGCGAUUCCUAUUUCCCGUGUAUCUCGCGAUGGCAGUCGACGGGGAAUGUGACACUGACACGGACGGUUUUCGCAUCGAAUACGAUUACUUUUAACCCAACAACUCUGAAUACGAAUGUGCAUUUGUUUGCGUUGGGUGUGGCUUAUGCGACUCCGACAGCAACAGAUACAAACGCAGACUCAGACCCAACAUCCUCCUCCACCUCCACCUCCAGUCUCUCCGAAUCCAAUUCCACGAAUAACUCGUCGAUAAGCGGAGGCGCAGCGGCGGGGAUAGGCAUCGGAUCAGCCGCUGGUGUCGUUUUGAUCGCGGCACUGGCAUGGCUUCUCUACCGUCGCAGAAAACCUUCCAAGACCAUCCCCCCUCAAACGAAUACAGGCUACACUGGCAUUGCCGAUGCGUCAAAGGUCGGGCAGAGAUAUGAACCGCCUCAAGAGCUACCGUCGCGUACGCCGAGGAGAGAACUUGAGAGUUGAUAAUGCCUUUUUUUUCUCUCUUGUUCUUUUCGUGGAGGGGUACAAUGAAGUAAGAAAUUUCUAAUAAAUAAUCCAGAGAUACCAUAAUCAAGCGAAAAGGAGUUUUUGGCCAAUGGUUUAUCUGAGUAUAUACGGAGGUAGAGAAGGGGUCAAGUUAUAACAUUGAAGCUAUCUAUUCAUGAUCAACUUGUCUGAGUAAAUGAUAUUGCACAUCAGAGUAAAGAAAGUAAAUAUAAGUUCUCUGCCAAGGUAGAAAGAAUGUUUAGCAAACAGCCAUGAGCUAUCACAGCAUCCCCAACGCCACUAUCUAGUACAAAGGCAUGUCAUACGCAUCAAAGGUGAACUUCCAAGUAUCAAUCGAAGCCUGGUCAUACACACACUUCAUAUGCUCGCCAUUGUUAACCCACAAAGGACGAAGCGGCCAAGUACACAACUGCGCAUUCUGAUCCUCAUA